CAAGCCACAACAUUAACAUUACUGUUUCGAAAAGCACAUGUUUUUGGACAUUCAAACAGAUGUCGGUUCGAUCCAAAUAAUAUUCUUCAAAUAUAUAAUCCAAACCUACCACAUCUCCGCCUUCUCUCCCCCUCUCUCUCUCUGUUUUUUUACACAAUCAUACUUUCUUGUUUUUCACGGUUGACCAUUUCUAUGGUUUGGGAGAGCUGAGGAGCUCCGGAAUACUAGUUUAUCUCACCGCUUCCUGAGAAGCUCCCGCAAAAUUCCUGAAUCUGUUUGGUCAAGAGUUUUCUUCGAAAAUUAUGAGUGCGGGAAUGAAGAAAUCCCCUUCAAAUGGUUCUGAGAAGAUAUUAUCAUGUGAAGAGCAGCAGGCAAAGAUUAACGAAGUGAAAAAGCUGAUAGGAACAUUGCCUGAUAAGUUGUCCAUCUAUUGUUCUGAUGCCUCCAUCUCAAGGUAUCUAAGGGCGAGAAACUGGAAUGUCAAGAAGGCAACUAAAAUGUUAAAAGAUACCUUAAGGUGGAGGUCAGAAUACAAACCAGAAGAGAUUCCUUGGAAAGAGGUAGCUCGUGAAGCGGAAACAGGGAAGAUUUACAGAUCCAAUUAUUUUGACAAGCAAGGGAGACCAGUUCUCGUUAUGAGACCACGUUGUCAGAACUCAAAGUCAACAAAAGGACAGAUUAAAUAUUUGGUAUAUUGCAUGGAGAAUGCUGUUUUAAAUCUUCCGCCAGGUCAGGAACAGAUGGUUUGGAUGAUAGACUUUGAAGGUUUCAAUAUGUCACAUAUUUCAGUGAAGGUGACACGGGAAACUGCACAUGUUUUACAAAACCGUUAUCCAGAACGCCUAGGUCUUGCAAUACUGUACAAUCCACCCAAGUUUUUUGAACCAUUCUUUUCGAUGGUAAAGCCUUUUCUAGAGCCAAAGACUUGCAACAAAGUCAGGUUUGUUUACUCGGAUGAUGUUAACACCAAGAAGAUAAUGGAGGAUCUGUUUGAUAUGAAUAAACUGGAGGCUGUAUUCGGGGGAAACGAUACGUCUGGUUUUGAUAUAAAUAAAUAUGCCGAAAGGAUGAAGGAGGAUGACAAGAAGAUGCCCACAAUGUGGACGAGAGGAAACCCUUCUUUGGCUGCUUCCGAACCUGCCGUUACCGGUGCUGCUCUUUCAUUGGAUUCUCUCAAGUUAGAACCAGAUUCCGAUGCUUCUGAUAAUGAGAAAACAGACGGCUCUUCAUCCCAGGGGAUAGAACCAGAAGUUGCCUCAGACCACGAUGAGCCGGUGGCUGCUAGUACUGGAAAUGCUACCCAAGGUGUACAUUAAGAAUGGCUCAAGGUGGAUGAUGGUGACUGAACUGAUGUAUCUCGCUGACCCUUUUGGCUGUCUGGUUAGGUACUUCAAAUAUAUGGUUCCUGUCAACUCUAAUCGCCAAUUUAUUUUGAGAAAUUUUGGAGACUCAACGAAUGAAUUCGCCAUUUGAAGUUAGCCGUAACUCCUUCACAAUUCAAGUAAGAGAUUUUUGCAAGUAUAUAUUCUUUGUUGGCCCAAAUGUUAAAAUGGCCCCUCUAUUUAUGCCUUCUUUCUUUGUUGUGGUUCAUUCUUCUUCCCAUGCAUUUUCUGCACAUGUGAAAAAAGUUUUAAGAGCAAUGAUUGAAUUUGCGCAUCAUGACA